GCCAGUAAUACCAAAGAAGAAGGUUCAAGCAGGCCGGAAAUCACAACAAAUUGAGCGCUGAGUUGUUCGUUGAACACUCAAAUUCAAAUAGCUACAUGGUAGCUUGCAUUUGUUAUCACCAACUGCAGACUGUAAGUAAUAAAAAAAGUAAAUGUGCAUGAAAUCAGUGCGGUAGCAAGUAGCUGUAAUUGAUAGAAAGGGGCCAAUUUAACAGUGAAAUAUGUAUCGUGGUCGGCCUCUUCCACCUCGAGGAGGGUACCCGCAGCAGUGCGAGGGCCGUGGUCCUACUCCUGUCCGGCCUUAUCCUGAGCCACCGUUUAGAGAAGAAAGAGGCAGGCCCAGACCUCCUUUUCAGGGUUACCAUGACGGACCUCCAGACCCGUACAGGCGUUCUCCACCGCUCAGGAGGUAUCCUUCUCCCGGUUCAGUAAGUCACAGAGGUCCAGGGGGUGAAUAUUGGGGCAGCGGCCCUCCCCCAAGAGAAAGCUCUCAUUCUUCUCCCCGUGGUGGCAUCCCCACAGACCACAGUCUGGUAAUCACUGUGGGCAAUGAAUUGACUGGACCACCUGGGGCAGGGCUACCCUCAAGAGACUACCCUCCUUACCUGCCAAAGAGGUCCAGUUACGAUGGCCCUGACGACCGUGGCCCCAGGAGGCAGAGUCCCAGCAGAGGGAGAAGCCGACAUCGUAGUCGCAGCCCGGGAAUCAGGGGACGGAGCAAGAGCCGUCCUCGUAGUCGCAGCCCUACAAUGGGGGGACAGAGUAAAAGCCGUGCCAGAACUCGCAGCCCUGCAUUGGGGGGACGGAGUAAAAGCCGUGCCAGAACUCGCAGCCCUGCAUUGGGGAGACGGAGUAAAAGCCGUGCCAGAACUCGCAGCCCUGCAAUGGUAGGACGGAGUAAAAGCGUUACUCAAAGCCACAGCCCUGAAUUGAGGGGACAGGGCAAAAGCCUUACUCAAAGCCGCAGCCCUGAAUUGGGGGGACAGAGUAAAAGCCGGGCCCGAAGCCGCAGCCCUGAAAUGGGGGGACAGAGCAAGAGCCGUCCGCCAAGCAGGUCCCGAAGCAGGAGCGGGAGUCGUGGCCAGAGCUAUGGACAGGCCCGCAGUAUAAGCAGAGCAAAGAGUGUUGGUCCACACAGGAGUAGGAGCCGCAGUGUCAGUACCAGCAGUAGUAGCAGUAGCAGCAGCAGCAGGAGCAGCAAAGGAGGCGUUAAUAAGAUAAAGAAGAUGAGCAGGUUCAAGGAGCUGGAGUUGGCCCGUCGCCACAAAGAGAUGGAAGACAUGAACAUGCCCACAAAGUCCAUCCUGAAGAGGCGCAUGGACUCGGAGACUGACUCCCCCCCAUUUGUGCAGAACAGUGAUUCUCCAAGAGUUACCCCUGGUGCUGAGGCAGAGCGUCUCCUCUCAGCUAUGAAAGGCAUGGACCCUAACAUGUUGGCCACCAUGCUGGGAGAACUGAGAGAUGACCCACGCAUGGCCCAGGGCAGACUUGAUCCCAGUGGGAUUGCAGGGAUCCUUGGCUUGUUGGGAGAUGCAUCUGCACUGCAAGAGGAGAAAAGGAAGAGGGUACCAGACAUUGAUGAUGAGGAGAAGUUCCUUUAUGGCGAUGAAGAUUAUCUAGAGAAGGGCAGGUCUCAGACUCCAGCAGGAGUUCCCCGUCAACAACACAGUCUGUCAGAGCUCUAUGGUGAUAUUAUGAGUGAGCCGGCAAGCUAUGGCGCCUCACAGCACCUAGAGGCCCAUCCUGGUAUUGUCGAUCAGAGAAGCUCUCGUCAGCAACAGGUGGACAUGAGGUAUCAGCAUCAAAGCAGGUCCUCUGCCACCCCUGACCAUAAUAUCAAGGUUGAAGAGCCUAAUGACUACCCACUAGGAACAGGACCACUGGACGGGAAGGAGAAGCAAGACGUGGAGGAGUACGAGAAGAUCCAGGACCUCCUCAAAACCAUUGGGCUGGAUCUGGGGGUGACGGAGAUCAGCAAGAUGGCUGCCAGGACUCAGGAGCGUCUGCAUGGAAAGAGGCCCCCUCCGAAUCCCCCUUGUCCUGGGAGGAGGCGGAGUCACCGUGACUCUUCAAGAAGCUCAGGCAGGAGCAGGGGCAUGCAUAAUAGCCACAGUGGAAGCAGCUCCAGCAGUGGUAGCAGUCGUAGCGAAAGCAACAGCCCGAGUCGUAGCAGGAGCCUAAGCAGCAGCCUUGAUAACAGAAGGAGCCAGAAGAAGUCACCCCCAUCUGACAGACGCAGCACCCAUGGGAAGACUCGAGGCAGCGGAGAGGUGAAGACUGAAACUACUCCAGUGACACCCACCCACCCAUCUAUCUCGAUUCCUGCCUACGCCCAAGCCCAGUCACAUGGUCUGGUACCACCCAACUAUCCACCUCAUGGCUUUGGGCAGUAUGGGAACUGGCCGUACAUGCCCCAACAGUGGCCGAUGUACCCACCUCCAUCUAUGGGCAUGCUUCCUCAAUCUCCCAUUGAAGAUUUUCCGAAAGCCCCGCCAUUUGACAGACCAUACUUGAAUGUCAUCCAGCCAGAGUUACACCAGGGGGGUGAAAGAAAAGCAUCAUCAAAGAUGGCCGCUCAGGAUAAUGUCAAGGACAGGAGGGUUUUAGAAGAGAGAAAUAAUGAAAGCCAAAAACAAAAGGUUCUUGAAGAACGUGAAAAACUGAGAAGAGACCGAGACAUCCGCAUGAAGAAGAAAGAUUAUCUCAUGAAGGAACUGGAGAGAUUGCGAAAACAGCAAGGGGAACUGCUGCGCAAAAAGCGUCGUGAAAAGGAUGGCCAUAAGGACCCGUUACUGUCAGAGAUCAGUCGGCUCCAGGAAGAGGUCAUGUCUCAGAUUGCUGUGCUCCGCAACGAGCACGAGGUAGCAGAGAAGAAACGAUGCGAGCUUGACAAAGUGGCUCUUAUUCUCGGUCUACAACCAACUGACAAGCCCCGGCGAGAGGGUAGGGCUUCUGGAGACCUUGAGCAUCCAACACACCCACCACCUCCAGACAAGGAGAAGAAACAGGAGCGCGCUCGCAGCCGAGAGGUAUCACCUGGGGUCCAGGCCUCUGUCAAGGCAGCAUCAUUGUCCUUAAGAGCCUCUACUAAGAAAUCCCCAGCCAGUACCCAGCCUCCUGAGCAUCCAGCAGACCUGUUUGAAUACUAUGACGCUGGGAACCACUGGUGCAAAAGCUGCAAUGUCACUUGUGGUUCCAUGUUCGAUUUUUUCACACACUUGCACAGCAAAUCGCACCGAAAGACUCAGGAUCCUUACAAUCGACCAUGGACGUCAAGUUCCUCCAACAAUGAGAUUAAUAAGAUUUACUCUUCAGGGGAGAAAAUGACUAAACCUGCUAAAGGAUCUGAGUUUUUGGUGCCUGUGAGGGGAUAUUAUUGCCAGCUGUGCGAGGAGUUUUACGGGGAUGCAAUUUGUGCUGAAGAUCAUGCCACGAGUCAUACUCACAAUGAGAAAUACAAGAAACAAAUGUAUGAGUAUCCACUCUACGAACAGAGAAGGAACCUGGAUCGUCAGGCUGGACUCACGUUGGAAGUUGGUGACAAAAAGCACUCUGAGUUCAAACGCAAACACGAAGAGGAAGAAUCCAAAAAGAGCAAAGACAAGGAGGAAGGGAAACAUAAACGCAGCAAAAAGGACAAGGGAAAGGACAAUGAGAAGUUCAAACACAUGGAGAAAGAGGGGAAGGUGAAGCACAGCAAAAAGGAGAAGUACAAAUAUUACAAGAGGGAGGAGGAGGAGGAAGAGAGGGCCAAGUAUAGCAAAAAGGAGGAAGACGAGAAGUCUUUGUACAGCAAGAAAGAGGAGAGAUAUAAACAUAGCAAGGAGGGGGAAGAGUGGCCCAAAUACAGUAAGAAGGAUGAAGAGCGAUACAAGCAUAGCGAGGAGGAGGAGUGGUUAAAAAAUCGCAGGGAGGAGGAAGAGAGGCCUAGGUCUAACAGGGUAGAGGAGAGACCCAAGUUUAGUUGGAGGCAUAAUGAGGAGGAGGAAGACCGGUCCAGAUAUGGUAAGGGGAAAGAACCCAACCCCAAAUAUAGCAAGAAAGAGGAGGCGAGGUGUAGAUCAGAGAGGGAGGAUGGGAAACCUAAGAAUGAAAAGGAGGAAAGACAAUCAAGGAAAGACCAGGGUGAGCAUCAAAGGGAAGAUGAGAAGUCAGGAUCUAGAAAGCAGUCUGAGCCUGAGAAACCCGGUGAGCCUCCCAAAGUGUUCUGUGGGCCUAAUCCAGCAUUGAGAGCAAAGCUGCGCAAGAAAAGUGAGGAAACAACCAAAGUAGAGCCAAAGGCUCCGUCUGCUUUUGGGAAGUUCAGUUGGAAGAAAAAACUAGAAAAUGAGCUUGCGAAGGAGGCCGAGAGAGUGGCUGCUGAGUUCCUGAAGGAAGAUGAGGCAGAUGCUGAAGAGGAUGACGACCCGGAUGCGUUUUCAAAGUCUGUGGCCGCAGCCAAGAGCAUUGCUAUCAAGCUGUCAGGGAAGACAGUCAUCCCCCCAACUAACACAUGGGUACCCUUCAACUCUGGGAAAAUACGCCCAAACCUUCCUGCUCCCUCCGUGGUCCUGAGAAAGCCCUCCGGACUUGGGCCCUGGGUCUAUGCUAAACCGGCCCCUCUCAACACCUUCCCCUCUAUCAAACCACCCGGUGCCAGUGGAGAGACGCCUCUGCCUGUCAUACAGAACCAGCCUAUAAAGGACCCUGUACUGGCAGCAGACAUAAUUUCCAAGGCGUUCUGUGGUGAGGAAUUGGAGUCAGCAGAUGGCACCUGGAAGCCAGGUCCCGAUUUUACACCAGACAAAAAGAAAGCUUCCACAAUGGAGUCUGUUAGUCAAGCCCCCACGUCCACUCCUUCAGCAGUGAUAUCGGAGUUCAAGACUCCCCUGCCUCCCCCGCCUGUCCUGAUAAUGAUGACCAUGGAGUCAGAUGUAUCUGCACCAGGAGUCCCUGAGAGUGAGCAGAAUGUCCCAGUGAUGGUCAUACCCCCUCCUUUCAUGCAGAGACCCCCAAGUGAGGUGAUGAAGAAAUCAGAAAAACCGAAGUCUAGCCUAGCUGCCGCAAAAGCACAAGAUUUAUUUGACAUAUUUUAUAGCAGCAGUACCACAUCCAGCACUGCCAUGUCCACUAAAGCAGUCAUAGAGUCCAAAGCUGCUUCGAAUUACUUAAAGAACAGCGAAACCUUGGAGGCUACGGCCCCACAAAUAGAGCAAAUCCAACCUGAGCUCCCAGCUCUUGACAACAGUAACACCAUUGAAACUGACACAAAGGAGUCAAUGGAGACUGAACGUGGGUCUGACCCACAGCCCAAGGAAGAUGCGCCUGAGAAUGCCCCCAUACAAUUGGAUAACCCAUCAGAUACUCUGGGUAUCUCAACAGAGACCCUGGAUCUCCCAACAGAAGUGCUGGGCUUAGAUCUGUUUGAUUUAAAUUUUGAUUAACAGAUCCCACUAGAACGCAGGCCAUUGGAGGGUGGGUAUUUUAGGUAGUUGAUGGGAUUAGGGUGUACAUUCGAGGGGAACAAAUAGUAACCAACACAUCCCUCUGAUUAGAAAACUAAGCCCUGUUGCCUUGGGCAGGUUGAUGUUUAUUGUCAUGAAUCUUGCCCUGGAGGCAGAACUGAGUGAUUUCCGUUAGAUGGGCCAACUGCAAAGUCAUAAUUGGCUAUAUCGUAAAAAUGUAAGGUUAUAUAUUAUGACUUUGUGGCUGUGCCACCUAGUGACCACUGCAGAGUUGCUUCCAGUAAAUAAAUCAUCACAAUAAAUGCCAACCUGUGUAAUUUAGUGGCCCUAGCAGGCAGCUCGAACUUGAAUGGAUAAGGAAAUGAAACUUCCACUGAAAGAUAUGAGACAUUCUUAAGUGAUGAAUCUUCAGAAAUGUUGAAGCUUGUGCUGCAGAUCUUUUUGUGUUGAAUAAUUUCUUCAUUCAUCUCAACUUUUCUUUACUUAAGGUAACGUACAGUACCAUGCUUAUUGAUUACUAUAGUUUUGUGUGUAUCCAUGUUCAGCCUCUUAAGCAAGUAGUUAUUUUCUCUUUAAAUGAUUGAAUGGUAUUUUAAUACAGGAACAAGAGAAAAAGUUCAAAGAAAACAGAAUUUGGUAAGGUAGUGCAGCAUGGACCAAAAUAUCUGAACAAUGUUUUCUUUUACAAUUGUGCCAUGUAAUAUCUAUCACUCUUUACAGCACCCUCCAGAAAAGAAGAUGUGGAUAUAUAUAUAUAUAUAUACACUCAUGAACAUAACCUUGGAAUUGUUGCUCCUUUUUUACAUUUUUUAAAACUUUCCAUUGGUUCACUGACAAUACUAUGCGCAAUUCUAUUCUGUGUUAGUUAGUGAAAAUAAUCAAACUGGUUGUCCCUUUUAACUGUUGUUGCUAAAGUAGAAUUCAAAUAAAUGUCAGUGACCACAACAUUUUCUCUUAUUUCUCAGACCUUGUAGUCGGACCCUGUAACCAUAAAGCAUCACUAUGGUAUGCCCCUUGCAGUCGAAAGGAAUUCUGAAGAAAAACCUCACUAUGAGUGUCUGCAACGGGCAACUCUGAAAUGAACAGGACAAUGUUAAUAUACAGUGGCUUAGGAAAGUAUUCAGACCCUUUGACUUUUUCUACAUUUUGCCUUAUUCUAAAAUUUAUUCUAUAUAUUUUUUUCUCAAUCUACACACACUACCCCAUAAUGACAAAGCAAAAACAGGUUAUUAGAAAUUUUUGCUAAUUUAUAAAAAGAAAAAAAAGUGAAAUAUACAUUUACAUAAGUAUUCAGACCCUCUCCUUUGACAAGCUUGGCACAGUUUCUCCCAUUCUUCUCUACAGAUCCCCUCAAGCUCUGUCAGGUUGGAUGGGGAGCGUUGCUGCACAGCUAUUUUCAGGUCUCUCCAGAGAUGUUCGAUCGGGUUCAAGUCUGGGCUCUGGCUGGGCCACUCAAGGACAUUCAGAGACUUGUCCCGAAGCCACUCCUGCGUUGUCUUGGCUGUGUGCUUAGGAUCGUUGUCCUGUUGGAAGGUGAACCUUCACCCCAGUCUGAGGUCCUGAGUGCUCUGGAGGAGGUUUUCAUCAAAGAUCUCUAUGUACUUUGCUCUGUUCAUCGUUCCCUCGAUCCUGACUGGUCUCCCAAGUCCCUGAUGCUGAAAAACAUCCCCACAGCAUGAUGCUGCCAGUACCAUGCUACACUGUAGGGAUGGUGCCAGGUUUCCUCAAGUCGUGAAGCUUGGCAUUUGGGCCAAAGAGUUCAAUCGUGGUUUCAUCAGACCAGAGAAUCUUGUUUAUCAUGGUCUGAGAGUCCUUUAGGUGCCUUUUGGCAAACUCCAAGCAAGCUGUCUUGUGGCUUCCGUCUGGCCACUCUACCAUAAAUGCCUCAUUGGUAGAGUGCUGCAGAGAUGGUUGUCCUUCUGGAAGGUUCUCCCAUCUCCACAGAGGAACUCUAGAGCUCUGUCAGUGACCAUCGGGUUCUUGGUCACCUACCUGACCAAGGCCCUUCUCCCCUGAUUGCUCAGUUUGACCAGGCAGCCAGCUCUAUAAAGAGUCUUGGUGGUUCCAAACGUCUUCCAUUUAAGAAAGAUGGAGUCCACUGUGUUCUUGGGGACCUUCAAUGCUGCAGAAAUGUUUUGAUACCCAUCCCCAAAUCUGGGUCUCGACACAAGCCUGUCUCAGAGCUAUACGGACAUUUCCUUUGACCUCAUGGCUUAGUUUUUGAUCGGACAUGCAGUGUCAACUGUGGGACCUUUUUAAAUAGACAAGUGUGUACCUUUACAAAUUAUGUCCAAUCAAUUGCAUUUACCCCAAGUGGACUCCAAGUUGUAGCAACACCCCAAGGAUGAUAAAUGGAAACAGGAUGCACCUGAGCUCAAUUUGGUACCAUAGCAAAGGGUCUGAAUACUUACAUAAGGUUUUUAUUUUAUAUAUACAUUUGUAAAAAUAUGUAAACCUGUUUUCGCUUUGUCGUUGUGGGCUAGUGUGUAGAUUGCUAAAACAAAUAAUAUUUCAUCAAUUUUAGAAUAAGGCUUUAACCUAACAAAAUGUGAAAAGUCAAGGGGUCUGAAUAAUUUGCAAAGGCACUAAAUUAAUGAUGGACGUCAUUGUGUCCAAUUAGUCUGACCUGACAGCGAUUUCUUUAUUUUUCUUAGUUUUUUUCUUCUGCAGAACCUAUAUAGGUAACAUAGCAAAGGUGAGAGCAGUCUAGUUAUGCUGUAUGCUAUUUUAAGAAUUAUAUAAUUCUGAGUGCCAGUGAUUGGCCUUGAUAAGAUGUCUGUCAAAAAACAUCUAAAGUUUCUACUAAAUGUAAUUUUCAGCAAAGCCUGCUGGGACAUCAGUCUUCACUUCAGAAAAGGUAAGGCCACUUGCAUCAAAACAAUGAAGAUAUGAUGUUCCUGUAAAUGUGCUGUGGAAGGUGGAUAGAAUUUAUGGCAAUACAACCUAUACAUAAAGUGAAUUGAUGUACUUGCUAUGCUAAUCCAGGGACAGGAUAUCAGAGGAUGUUGCUGUUCUGUCUCAUAAUACGGUCUACAAUGUCACUGAAUUAUUCAGCUGUACUGAAAUGCCCAUUUCUAUUCAUUUAUUACACUGACUGUGUUUCACUCUAUCGCCAAUGAUACCAUAUGUGAAUAAUUGCUCAUUGUCUGGUCUACGGAAACAUGGCCUCAAAUGUUUGGUUUAUUUACCUGUAUGUAUUCGAUUUAAACCUUGCACAAACCAAUGUCAUUUCAUUUGCCAAAUAAAAUAUUUUGAAGGCAAA